AUGCGCCGGGUCUCCACCAGCCGCCGGCGUCGUUCCAUCUUAGUCAGUCCAACCGAGCGAUGCGUCAUGCCGUGUGCCUCCGGAAUCUCUCUGUUCUGCCAGGCGCGCCCAUCUUGUCGUCACAUCGCCAAUGCGGCAGACCGUCACAAACAAACGCACGGACACCAACGCGUGCAAAUAACCCUUUAUCCGUUACGCUCCAACCGACCAGCCGAGCGUAUCGGCUCCGGUAUCACUUUUCAUUCGGCCACCGAGUCUACCGAAUCAGCCUCCUUCCAACUCUGGCCUCACGUCAACCAGACUGUUGUGAUGGGCGACGGAAAGGCGCACCUCGAGGCGAGCCACCAUACCCAGCCCAAAAGCAGGCCGGCAACGAUGGCAUCGAGCGGCGCGUUUGUCUGGCCCUGCGACUUCUGGGCUUCUGGUGUCGUGGCCGGGCGCGCGAAGCCGCGUCGGGGUGGGGCUGCCAGGGGGCCCAAAGGACCCUCCACAAGUCGGUUGGCAUGUUCAGCCCACAAAAAGCCAGCCCGUUUGUCGGCCCACCUCUCGCGGCGCUUUGCAGCUCUCUCCUCCCUCAUAGCCCUCCGGCCCCGUAUGUCUGCGUCUGCCUCGAAGCGCUGGUUGUCUGCGUGUAGGCACUCGCAUGUCUCUAUCCUCGUGUUUGUCUGUCAGUCGGGUGGUCGGGCGGACAACCCUUUUGUGCACAAUCGUCUGAGCAGACUGUCAGACGGCAGCAAGCAUAGCGACUCCGACCGGUUUGACUUGUGCUCUCUCGUCCACGCAGGGGCUGUGCACGAGCAGAUGAUCGCCAGACCCGGGAAGUGCUUGAGCUGCUGGGGCAAAUGGGAGUAUCACUUCGUCUCCUAG